AUCACCGGCUAUGAAGUUACAGAUAUGGCAAUGCCACACUGGGAGACAGUCUAGUCUGCUUGAGACGGACAGCCCGAGCCAACCAACACCAUGUCCCUCACCUGGUCGGCUAAAGAUCACAAAAGUUACACGAAUCCACCCGCCGUGACGGGGCUGAAGCGACCGCGCAACGACACAGGGAACAAAGUGACGGUGGUGCUCGGCGCGCAGUGGGGAGAUGAGGGCAAAGGCAAAGUCGUUGAUUUACUGGCGACCGAAGCCGACUUGGUGUGCAGAUGUCAGGGUGGUAACAAUGCAGGACACACAGUGGUAGUGGAUGGCAAGGAAUAUGACUUCCACCUUCUCCCCAGUGGAAUCAUCAACUCCAAAAGUAUAUCUCUCAUCGGUAAUGGUGUGGUCAUACAUUUACCUGGCCUGUUCGAGGAGGGCGAUAAGAAUGAGAAGAAAGGUCUCAAAGGCUGGGACAAGAGACUGAUUGUCUCAGACAGAGCUCACCUCGUAUUUGACUUCCACCAGGUUGUCGAUGGCCUGCAGGAAACUCAGAGACAAGCACAAGAAGGAAAGAACAUUGGAACAACCAAGAAGGGCAUCGGACCCACUUACUCCAGCAAAGCAUCUCGCACUGGCCUACGAGUAUGUGACCUUCUGGGUGAUUUCAAGGACUUCUCUGCCAGAUUCAAGAACCUUGUCCAGCAGUAUCAAUCCAUGUAUCCAUCCUUGACAGUUGAUGUUGAGGACCAACUGAAAAAACUCAAGGAAUAUGGCGAGAGAUUGCGGCCGAUGGUGAGGGACGGGGUCUAUUACAUGUAUGAAGCUCUUCAUGGACCUCCAAAGAAAAUUCUGGUUGAAGGGGCCAAUGCCGCUCUCCUUGACAUUGACUUUGGCACAUAUCCUUUCGUGACAUCAUCAAACUGCACUGUGGGCGGGGCCUGCACUGGCCUCGGCAUCCCUCCCGUAAACAUUGGUGAUGUGUUUGGUGUAUCCAAGGCCUACACCACCAGGGUGGGAAUUGGAGCCUUCCCUACAGAGCAACUCAAUGCGGUUGGUGAGCUGCUGCAAACCAGGGGUCAUGAGGUGGGUGUAACCACGGGAAGGAAGCGCCGCUGUGGAUGGUUGGACCUGGUCAUCCUCAAAUACGCUCAUAUGAUCAAUGGCUUCACUGCUAUUGCUUUGACAAAACUCGACAUUCUAGAUGUGUUGGAUGAAAUCAAAGUUGGGGUUGCCUACAAACUCAACGGCAAAAGAAUUCCCCAUUUCCCAGCAAACAUGGAAGUUUUGCACAAAGUGGAGGUUGAGUAUGAGACCUUCCCCGGCUGGAAGACUGACACAUCUGCAGCCAGGAAGUGGAACGACCUCCCCGCCAAGGCGCAAAACUACAUCCGCUUCAUUGAAAACCACAUCGGCGUUCCCAUCAAGUGGGUCGGUGUUGGAAAGUCCAGGGAGUGCAUGAUCCAGAUGUUUUAGAGGAAAACCUCUCUCCAUCCAUGAUGGAAACACAGAUAUAGCAUGAUGUGACCUGAGUCCACUUGCUUAAAUGAUCUGCUCCUGUAUAAUAAAUAGACAAUACAUCUGUGUAACCUUUGAACAGCAUUGGCUGUGGCUUUGUUUUGUUUUGUAACAGUGCUGGUCAUCAUGAUAAGAUACUGAUGCUCUUUAAUUAUGAGGCUAAUGUGAAGCUAUCCUGCUAUAAUAACAAUGAAGUAAAACUCCUGAGCCUUGGAUUCGCGGUGGACAGCCUGCGCUCCAUUAGGACCCAAGAAGAGGAUCAUCUAUACUGCACACUUUUUGUCUAGAGGCUGGCCCGACUUUCUGCACAGUAAACAUUAUAGAUACUUACGAGGACGCCAUCUUUAU